UCAAUACAAGAGUCUGACCUACAAAAAAUGUCAACUUCCGGUUGCCACCGAAAUUUAUUUUUUAUUUUAUUUUUGGCUGUUUCAUUAUUGAAUUUAGUUUUCUGUUGGGAUACAGACAACCUAGAACUUUAUGAUUUAGUCGAAGAAGUGAACGAAAACUUUUAUGAUGUCUUAGGUGUAACAAGGAGUGCAUCAAACAGUGAAAUCAAGAAGGCUUACAGAAAGAAGACAUUGAUUUUACAUCCUGACAAGAAUGAAGCUGUAGAUGCAGAAGAACAGUUUAGAAAGCUUGUGGCUGUGUAUGAAACAUUGAAAGAUGAAGAAAAGAGAGAAAAGUAUAACCAUGUACUUGACUUUGGUUUGCCUGACUGGAGACAGCCUGUGUAUUACUAUAGAAAAGCUCGUAAACUUGGACUCCUUGAGUUGGCCUUGGUACUCUGUCUCAUUGUAACUAUUGGCCAAUACUUUGUUAUGUGGGCAGUCUACCUGGAGAGAAGAUUAGCCUUGGAAGACUUUUUCGAAUCAAAGAAGAAAAAAGAGACAAAGAAAAAAAAAUGUAAAGCAGUUGUACUGAAUGAGCAAUUAGAAGAAGAUAUGAUGGAAACUCUACGAUCUAUCCCCAAACCUAAUCUCCGGAACCUGUGGCCUAUUACUUUUACUAUAUGGACCUUUAAAACGUUGGUUGCUCUACCAACAAUGGUGAAGGAAUGGCAAGAGAAGAAAAGACUGAUGAAAGAAUGGGAGAAACUUGAGAAGGAAGAGAGAGAGCGACAGGAAGCAGAAUAUAAAGAGGAAUUGGUGUUUAAAAACUUUCGAGUUGGAUACAUAUUACUCCAAAUUUUUUAUAAUUGGGGAGUUCCUAAUCUACCCCCGGAUGGAGCCUGGACAGAUGAGGAUUAUGUUAUGUUAUCUAAAGCUAUAUCAAAUUUUCCUGGAGGAACUGCCAAACGAUGGGAGAAAAUUGCUGAGAUGGUCGGUAGAUUCCCGGUUGGGGAGGUAACCAACAAGUGUAAACAGAUGAAGGGAAAUUUUCAGAUGAAUCUCAGCUCUUCUGUCCAAGCUGGAACCAAAAACUCAAAGAAGCAAAUAGAAAUAAGUGAUGAAAUCAUCUCAACUUUAGGUCCUGAGAAAACUGGACCUCAAAAAGGUGAUAAUGAUGUCACUGUGAGGAAAAGAAAUAAAAAUAAACCUCAAAGUGAUUCUGUAGGCAAUACUGUUUCUAUAAAUAGUACCAGUGUAGAAACUGGUUCCAAAGUUUCUAGUCAGAAAUUAGUUAUACAAAUUAAAGCAUCUGAAAACAAGUCUAAAGUGACAAAUGGUGCUGCUGCUGCUAACGAUAAAACUGUUAAAGAGGAGAAGAGUAAAAACAAUAAGAAAUCUGAGGAAACUCCAGAUGAAAAAGGAUCGGACGCAGAGGCCUGGUCUCAAAACCAGCAAGUGAUUCUAGAAUGGGCUUUAAAACAGUACCCCAAAACUACUGAGCAGCGAUGGGAGAAGAUUGCUGAGCAUAUACCUGGGAAAAAUAAGGUAAAAAUUUACCCAAGGCCAGGCACUUUACUGAUAGAUCCUCUAUUUUAAAGUUCAUGGCAAUAA